ACACAUUUAAGACUGAAUGACAAUGGAGAGAGUGGAGGAUCUCCUGAAGUGGUGCAACCUGCAGUUUGCCCUUUUGCCAAAGUAGAGGACUGGGAUAGGGCUGCAGGAGCUGCAAUAGGAGGUUCCUUGUGCUUGUUAGGGUGUGGAGGCUUUCAGCUUUAUGGAAUCCUACAUGCUCUUGGCUUUGGAGGGGUUGAUGGCUAUGGGUUUCGGCCCUGGCCCUGGUGGGGUUACCAGGUAGGCUGCAGAAUCUGUGAGAUUGGGGUGUGUCUAGGUUUGUCUCUCAUUGGAACACACCCUCUAUUCUGUCACAGCAACUCCUCUAUCAAGACCCUAACUCAGCCCCGGCCAGGAACUUGGUCUCGGCUAUCUUGCAGCUCCCCUUCACGAGGGCUCACCUUACCCUCACAGGAUGGUGCAAAUUCUCCUGUUCUCUCCACUCAUCAGUCCUGGUCCCAGGGGAAGCAGGAAAAGCUGGUGGUCUGUGAUGUUAUCAGCAAAGGGCAGUCAGAGGCUCUUCCUCUUUGCUCAAUAGCAGAUCCUCCUGGAAAUGGACUAAACUGCGUCCACAAGCCCAGUCAGACCCAGAAUGUACUGCCCCUACCUACACCCCCAUGCCCACCACGUAAACCUGAGAAUUCAGCUCAGUCUCAGCUAUCCUCACUGGUUCAUUUAGGUAUAGAGACUGACUCCACUGUGGAUCUGCGCCCUCCAUCUCCCAUAGACUUGUCCCGCAGUAUUGACCAAGCUCUGUUCAGUGAAUCUCUAUUCUCUCACAGUAUUUUUGGUUUACCAAGGCUGCUUCACACUUCGUCAAGCCUUUCCUUGAGCUCUCCUAGUCAAAGCACAUCAAAGCAGGGGCCCAGCUCUGUGGAAAAUAGUCUUUACCGAACCUCUUCCUGUGGAGACGUGGAUCAAGAGAAACCCCUUUCCAGCUCCAAACUCUCCAACCACACGGCUGUUUGACAUCUCACAGCAACACGCCAACAUCACCAGAACGAUGGGAUUGGAAGGGCAGUGUUACUGGCUCGACCCAGGGUCUAUGCAGCCACCCCAAAGAAACAGGAAAGCUGCGCUCACAUUCCUGGG